GUGUUAAACACGAUUCAAGAACAUACGAAUGAUUCAUCAUAAAUCAAAUUGCAACUGCAAUAUAGCAUUGUCAGCAAAACUACGAGUUGAAUUUUUGUUUUGGACUUGACUAUUUUCUAAUUUGAUAUUUCUGGCACAAGUGACUCUAAUGAGUUAGAACGGAUACGCAUUUUGCAUCAGUUUAUUAAAUCUAUCGAUCGAUUUCAUGAUAUUGGGUUGAUUUGCUGUGAUCGUACAUUGAGAGAAAUCCAUUAUUCGACAUUUGAGGAAAAUAAGCAAAACUAUCAUCGAUACACAGUAGAACCGGUUGAAAUUCAGUACAUCAAACAUGGACACCAAAAUGGAUAUCGAUUCUGAGGGAAAUGUCUCUGGUCUGUUUGAUUUCCCAAACGAAGUAUUACUGCCGCUGAUGAGCCAUCUGAAUGACACAACUCUUUGGAAUAUGACACGUGUUUGCAAGCGUUUUAAAGCCAUCGCCAAAGAAGCAUUCGCCAAAAAAUACAACGGAGCUACUGGCAAAGACUACUAUGCAUUAGAGGUUUAUCCAGCAAACAUGACCGAACAACACAAGCAGUACCGUCCAUUCUUCACGAUAUUCGGUGAAAAUAUGAUUGCUGUUAAGAUCAAGUUUAUCGAUAAAUCUCCUGUUGCGAACAGCCAUUGGAUCAUGGGCCUCAUUCAACGUUACUGCACGACUUUGGUCAAGAUUAUGAUUACUGGUACUGAUGAAUAUGAUAUUGAUUUGAGCACAACAAUCGUACGAAUGAAAACAAGACUUACGCAUCUUCACUUGGUAGAUUUGUCGAUCUACAAUUAUUCAUGGAUUGAACAUAACUAUCCAAACCUAAUCGAACUUUAUGCAGACAACUUCAAAGCAAAUCAAAUUGAGAGAUUUAUUGAUAACAACAGACAAUUGCAAAAACUUUGUUUGACCGGCCUUUUCUACGCUACGAAAGCUCUCCAUUCAUUCAGUGGGAAAUUGGAUCAAUUGAUGAAAUUGCAAAUUCAAUGUUACGCAGAUCUAGAAUAUUCUGAUACGACGACUCCCAUUGAAUUGUGCAGCUUAGAAGCACUUUUUGUUUUUUUCCGCGAUGAACCCCACACACCUUUGCUUCGAUCCAUUGCAGAAGGAUGCAAAAAUAUCGUAGUAUUGAAAAUUGAUAAUGCACACUUUGAUAUUUAUUGGAACGAUGAGAUGAUCGAUGCCAUGUGCGGCUUUGGCCAAUUGAAAUCGCUCUCUUUGUGUGCAACAACUCUGACAGCCAAGCAUAUCAAACAGAUGAUCCAACAGCUAUCGAACUUAUCGUCGUUAUCGCUAGAUCGGGCUAGAAUUGAUGAUUACGAUCUGCUUGUGGUCAUUUCAAUUUGUUCGCAGCUAACAGAACUGGAAAUUAUUGUCGAUUAUCGUGCAUCCAUCAAUAAAAAGUGGCCCCUUGACUUUAACCUCCUCGUUCAAAUCGCUGAAAUUACUGCGCGUAAUCGAGUUAUGGUGAAAUUGCGACCUUGCUGUAAUUGUGAGGAGACUGUUUUCACUCAAGGAGAGGUGCGUCGUGGAAAUUCAAUCGUUUACUGGAGUGGCUACGACCCGAUGGACAAUCAAACAAAGCUUACACUAUUGGACUUGCGUGACGAAUGCCUGGAGGAAAUCAUUAGCUAUCUCGACAUGGAUGCACAGGCUGCACUGUACAAUACAUGCACACAAACACAAAAAGCCGUGAAAGUUCAUCUAUCAAAUUCACCUAUUAUAUUCCAUGUGUCUUCGUCCAAUUACGUCGAUGAGCAUGAUUUUCAGUCUUUGGCUCCAUCCAUUCGUCAAAUGAUUGUGAUGCAUAAGCUCAGCUUUGAACAUUGGAAACUCAUCAAUCGAUACUGCACAAAUUUGAUUGAACUCAACAUGGCAGUUGUUCAGAAGCACGACAUCUAUCGAAUCAGUUUUUCAUGGCCCAAACUCGAAAAAUUGAUGUUCAUCGAAUGCACACCAAGAGCUCUGCGUUCUUUUGAGUGCCCCAUGCUGACAUAUCUGAAAGUACACCAAUUAAAAGACGAAAUGCGCGACACCGCUUUCGCACACACCGUGAAUUUUCAUGAUUUGUUCCGACAGCUGUCUGUGUUUAAGUUUGGUUGUUACAACGAUAGCGUUGAAACAUUUCUCAGGGAAUUGAGUGAUAGCGUAUGUCAUCAGUUGCAGGAACUAUCAGUGGAAAAUAUGGUUAUCAAUACAGAUCGAGAAUUCGUCAAUAACAUCACCAAUCAACAACUUAUGAAGCUUGUCAGCAUCGCUUCCCGUUGCCACAACGUGACCACUCUAUGUCUCAUCAUUCCUGGUAUCGAAAAUGCUUAUGGGUACUUAUUUGAACACUGCACAAAAAUUGUCAAUUUGGUUGUCCAUUCUACUAGCUAUAAUAAUCGUAUGAUAAAUAUGCUUCGCAGUGUCAAAGCAAACUGCAUUGACAUCAAGUCAAUUCAGAUAGCAAUCAGCGAUAAUAAAUGUGACGUUUUUCAUCGAUCAUCCCUACAAUACAUCCUUCAAAUGUUCCCGGAUGUAUCGAUUACAUUGGCCAUUUCCAUUUAUCCUCAAUAUUACGGCGAAGACAAGGUUUAUAACAGAUUCGUUUUUCCAGUCACCGCUGAAUUUGUCAAAAAUAGCGUCAGUAUGAACUGGUUAAAAACAUAAGCCAUACCUUGAAGUCUAAGGAUCGGUUUAUCAUUUUGAGGGAAAAAAAACUUCCUAACCGAAUCGUCGUUACUGCUAUCGCAGCAUAUCUCUUUUGAAUUCCAUACAAUUAUUUGAUACAACUUUGUUAAACGUAUUUCUCUUUCUUCGUAACAAAAAAGAAUAGGAUUUAUUUUUAAGAUUCAACAAAACAUAUUGAAAACAUGAAGAAAAAUAAUUCAAUAUCAAUCAAAUGGAAAGACUCAACAAUUCGUAACCCAUAAAAAAUACAAUUCGACGACAUCAAUCUCGAUCAAAUCAUUCAUUAUUUUUAAAACUUGAGAAAAAAAAACAUCGACAGUAAGCGAAGACUUUUGGUCAAAAUAGUUUUCAUAUUUAUUGAAUAUCAAUCUCAUAUUUUUCUAAAGUGAACGUGAAAAAAAAAACUUAGUUCGAACUUUUUCAUCCAAACAAUGCGCAAUAAUCUGCCAAUAUUAAGUGGUAAACUAUUCAACUUUUUCGCAAUAGUUCAUGAUUCAUUUAUCCAAAGUUUUCAAGACUCAGCUGUAACUUGGUCAAACCAAUGAGAUCCAUUGAAUGAAACACAAAGUCAAAGUUGCAAAAAUGUAUCAGAAAAGAAUCCUAAACAAAAAAAAAUUGUAAAAAAACACACAUACAACAUUUCCGUUUAUCAAAACAUUUUAUGUAACUCUUCAAAUGAAUACAAUAAAAAUUCUAGUGAAUAAAAUGCCAAUAAGCUGA